CGCAAAUUCAGCUUCACCUGUUGGGAUCGCAUUUGCUUUUACCUCACAGAACACACAAGCAAAAUGGCGCCUAAGUCGCUGGCUGAACAGCUCGCUGAGCUGGAGGAUCCUACUCCUAAAGAUUUCGAUCCCGAGGAUCUCGAUCGCGGGGUGCAGAGUAGCGAUGAGGAAGGGGGCAAGGAUAUGGAUGCUGAUGCCGGGCGAGAGCAUUAUCAGGCUGUCGGCAAAGGAAAGCUGCGCAAACAGGAUCCGAUUGCCCUGGGGAAACAGUACGCUGGUUCCAAGGUUAGCAGGGAGGCGCUCGAGGCGGAGAGUGAUGAUGAUCCGUUCCAGGGAUUGUCUAGUGGUGAGGAGGACGAUGAGGAGGAUGAGGAGGAGGAGGAGCUAGGCAGCGAUGAAGACGACGAAGACAUCUCCGAGAGUGACAGCGAGGCGGAACCCCGCCGGUCAACGACCACCGGAAAGAAGGCCAGAAAGGAGGUCGACUUUGACGAGAUGGACACCGACGGAUCGGACGAGCUGGAUGGGUCAGAAGAUGAGGACGAGGAGGACGAGGAUGAAGACGAGGACGACUUCCCCUCCGACGAAGACGACUCCGACGCCUCCGAAUCCUCCGCCCCCGCGAAAUCCGACGACCGCGAGCAACUCCGCAAACUCAUGGCCUCGGACCAAAAGACCAUCGCGGCAACCAUCUCGCAAGCCGCCAAGGCCGACGCCGCCAAGGGCAAAGCCGUCAAGCAGCAGCGCGCCACUUUCGACGCCCUGCUCAACACACGCAUCAAGCUGCAGAAGGGUCUCACCGCCAUCAACCAGCUCACCCAGCAGCAAACCACCGAUGACACCACCACUACCACCGCCGCCGCCGAUGCAGACGCAGACACUUCCAGUUCGGACGGCGAAGCCAUCAAAUCCGCCGAAUCCGCCGCUCUCGCGCUGUGGUCCACGCUCGAGGACCUCCGGCUCGCGCUCGCCGACGCGCACCACGCCCAGGACGACAGCAAGAAACGCAAGCGGCCCGCUCCCGCCACGCCCGCGACCACCUCCGCCUCGCUCUGGACACGCAUGACCGCCCUAGAAGCGGAAUCAAUGGCGCAUCGCCGCGCCGUGCUCGACAAAUGGUCCCAGAAAGUCCGGGGCGCCACCGCCGCCUCCACCGCCAACGCGCGCGGCAAGCUCCUAGCCUCGUCCGGCGGCGCGGCGGCCUCGCAGAAGAUCUCGACCGUGCUGGACGCGCAGGUUGCCACUGAGACGGCUAGUGUCCGGGCUGUGAAACGCGCGCGCACGGGUGAUAGCACAACGGGUGAUGGGAGCAAGCCAGCAACAACGGAGAACGAACCGCUCUACGACGACACAGUCUUCUACCAGUCCCUGCUCCGCGAGCUGGUCGAGCAGCGCAUGUCCUCCUCCGACGCCAUCACCAACGGCAUCGAUACCCUGCACCUGCAGCUGCCCUCGCGGCUGUCCGCUGUGCACCCCGUCACCGGCAUGCGCAAGGACAAGGUCAAACGCGACGUCGACACACGCGCCUCCAAGGGCCGCAAGAUGAAGUUCGAGGUCCAUGAGAAGCUCCAGAACUUUAUGGCACCCGAGGACCGCGGCUCGUGGACCCGCCAUGCCCGCGAGGAAUUCUUCGCCUCGCUGCUGGGGAAUACGGCAAGUGGGUUGCUGCGCGAGGAGGAUGAGAGUGAGAAUGAGGGGGCGGAAGAUAGUGAUGUUGAUCGCGAGGAGGGUGGAUUGAGGCUCUUUCGGAAUUAGCUGAGGUGGGUGGCAUAGUGUAGCUUUCAAUAUGUUACGUGUGGGACUAUAGAGGGAGGUGAUAAAAGGUGUAUAUAUUGCAUCACGUUGAGUUGACAGAACAAAAGCCUCCGUUUAGCAUAUAUCCAUCUAUCU